CAGGUGCCCACCUUUUUCCCCUUUCCCUCUCUGAAGCCCUAAUUGCUGAAGAUCACCCCCAGCCCCCGCUAUCUCCUCUCUCGACUCCCUUUCUCAGUUUCUCGUCACUCUCUCCCACGACCUCAAGCUCUCGUCAGCUCGUCUCAUCUCCGGUCUCUCACCUCUCGUCUCCGGUCUGUCAAGCUCUCGUCAGGUCAAGCCCUCCGUUCCCUGCGCUCCCUUCGCCGGCGGCAGAAGCAGACUGAACAGCAUCUGGUCCCUCGGGUGGUGGUGGUGGUCGUCUUCUUGCUUCUUACGGGCUCUGUCUCGCACCUGGUCUCGAUCUCUCCCUUCCCUGCGCUCUUCGUCGCCGGUAGCAGAGGCAACAGAUCCCGGUGGGCUGGUCUUCGUUGUGGGUCUUCUUGCUUCGAGCCUUGCCGUCAUCUUCUCCCUCGCCAUCAGGUUCUCCUUCGCCGUCAGCUUCCUUCGCCCAACCGGAUUUGAGUGUUGAGAAUGAGUUCGUUGAGCAGUGCGGUGCGAGAUCUUCAACGCGAAUUAGAGAACAAAACCAAUGAUCUCUCCAAGCUUCAAAAGGAUAUUGCAAAGAAUCACCAAGUUAGAAAGAAGUACACUGUCCAACUUGGAGAGAACGAAUUGGUCCUUAAGGAAUUGGAUUUAUUGAACGAAGAUGCAAAUGUUUACAAGCUGAUUGGUCCAGUGCUGGUUAAGCAAGAUUUGGCUGAGGCCAACUCUAAUGUCCGCAAGAGAAUCGAAUACAUCACUGCUGAAUUGAAGCGUCUCGAUGCAACUGUUCAAGAUUUGGAAGAGAAGCAGAAUAGCAAGAAAGAUGCGAUACUAAAAUUGCAACAGAGAAUUCAGUCCCUUCAGACUUCGAAAGCCAAGGCAUAAUCCUCGCCGACAGAUUGUUUUAGCGUUGUAAUAAAUUUUACUCUGCUAGGGUUGUAUGUGCUUUUGUGACUCCUGUUUUGGACUGAAGUUGCAUUUUAGGGGUGUUUUAGAAAUCCUUUUGAAGUGCUAUUGUUAGUUAAUACGAUAUCCAUAUCUUUGUUACUA